UCACGCUCUAAAUGGAAAUGCGUUUGGAGACAAAGAAAGCAGCGCUCUGGAAAUUCCCGCGGGAGAAAUAAUAACGGAGCAAAAAUUAGAGCAAGAGAAAAUUGGUUUGCAUGAAACUGAGACGAUCAAGCUGCUGGAAAUUCAAAGCACGGCCACACCGAAGGACCUGCUGCUGCCGGAUGCAAAUAUUGAAUCAGCAGCCACUGCCGUCGCGGCCGAGCACGUUGUUGACAGGAAGAGCAAAAAGAUGGUGGAGGCCAAAACGCAGACGAUGAAUUUGCAAGUGAAGCAAAAAUCAACCAUGACGACUCCGCUGUUAUCACGGGAUGUUGAAUGCGAAGCGACUGUUUGGGACCUCUUCGACGCGACCAUGGAUCAAGGUGAGACAAGCCGUAAAGAGGAGCUGAAUCCGAAAUUCAUCUCUCUGCCGUGGUGCGAGACGGGCAGGAGAGAAAGCCAAGGCGAGGAGCAAAAAGCGCCGCAGCUCGGAAAAUCAGCCAUGGUGAUCGAACGCUUCUUGGCGAGCAACCUCUACAAAAGCCAGCAAGCCAUGUACUUCGGCCAGUCGGCAAAAAUAGAUGAUAAAAAGCGCACCACCCGUUUCCAGUACGUACUUUGCCCUUUGUGGACAUACUACAGCGCUGCAACCAAGAACAAGUCCGUCCUGAACUUGGCCUGGAACACAACCAACUCGAACAUCUUGGCUGUCGCUUACGGACAAUUUCUUCUAUCAGAAGACAAGCAAGGCGGUUUGGUUUGCUGCUGGUCGACCAAGAAUCUCACGCAGCCGGAGCGAAGCUACCCUUUCGAACAUUCCGUCUCCGCCCUCGCCUUUUCGCUUAACUCUCAACUUUUAGUGGUCGGCUUGCAAGAUGGCAAAAUUAUUGUGCUCGACGUGUCGCACGCCGAGAAAAAACCGAUCGUCCAAGCGAGCCUGAAGAAUGGGGGACACGUGGGCCCAGUUUGGGUGCUCAAGAGUGUCCAGUGGACGCACGGAGAAGCCAUCGUGUCCGCAGGCGAAGACGGCCAACUUUUGAUCUGGAGCCUAAAUUUGUCCAGAAUCGAACGGUUCUUUGCUCGGAUCCCGAUCAGCCUGCUGAAAAAAGAGAAAGUUGGCGCUGCGGAUAUGAUGGAUGAGGUGCCAAUCCAGGAAGUUUUUUCCAUUUUGGAUUUCUCCGUAUCAAAUGGGGCGGAUCCCCUGAUUUUAGUUGCAACCAAAGAGGGAUACCUUCUAGAGGUGGAGAUGGAGUUGCAGAUUCAGCGCGUCGUAAGGGCUCAUCUGGGCCCCAUCUAUAAGGUGCAGGUCUCGCCGUUCUGCUGGCAACUCGCGCUGACAGCCGGCGCUGACGGAAAAGUGCUCCUGUGGGCGCGCUCCAAAAAAGACGCUCCAAUUCUAUCGCUGGCGGUCUCUGCCAGCGCAGUCGUUUGUGCUGAGUGGUCUCCCUCAUUUUCUACGAUUGUGGCGUGCGCCAGCGGAACCUUUCUGUCCAUUUGGGAUUUGGCGAGGAAAACGCACGAGCCUGUAACCAAAGUCAAUAUUGGAGCAGCGCUGACCAGUCUUGUAUUUAGUCCAGACGGAAUGAAUGUUCUUGUUGGCGAUAGGACAGGCAAAAUUCACGUGCACAGUCUCCAAGAUAUGCCUUACAAGCCAUUGAUGCCGGUUGAAGCGUUACUGAAAGCUAUUCCCGGGAUGGUGUUACUUUGAGUUCAGUUCCUUCGGCAAAUUACAACAAUCAAAAUAAAGAUUUGGUUUUAAAAUAACGUA